AUGAGUGACGUUGAAAUCAUACGAGUGAUAGCACGAGUGCGUCCGGCUUCGACCACACAAGAACGCAUCGCCACUGUUCUUGAUGAAUGGACCAUAUGCGACUCUGAUCAGCGACUCUUCUUCAGUGGAAGACACUCAAUAGUCGUUCUGGGCCGCCUUAUGCGAAAGCUAUCAGGCGUAAAUCGUCGUGAUGAACACAUAUCGCAUCGGGAUUCCGAACUGACCCAUAUUUUAGAGGACUCAUUAGGAGGUAACAGUAGGACAUCUGUCUUCGCGAAUGUUCACAUUGGCAGAAAGUCACAUGGAAUUAUUAUAACUAUUAUGCGUGGACGUGGCAGUUCGCCGCGACUUGUGGGAAAAUUGAGAACUGUGUAUAUGCUAACGAGGGCUUGGCAGAUGUUGGCGGUAGCAAGACAUAUAAAGUCGAAGCGUGCUUAUAUGUUGAAAAACAUGUCACAAACAUAUGAUAUUAGUGUGACUGGACACUGGACGAUACCGUUUUUCAUAAUGCAACUAGGCUUUCUCUUUCUAAAGAUCGUCUCAGAGAAAGAAGCUACUCUUAAGGACAUUUGCGACAAACAGCAGGGUCGACCAAAGCAGUGGAUCGAGGAGAAGAGUAAGUAUUUGAUUCGGAAAUGCCAUCUAGAGCAGUCGGUUGAGAAUCUGAAUUCCGAGAAACUCGAUCUGGAAGAUAAAUUCCAAGGAAAGCAAAAUGAAAACGAAAGGCUUUCAGCGGAACUCAGAAGCAAAGUGGAAUUGAUUUUGAAGCCAGAAGAUCUUCUGAAUGUAUUUUCGUCUUCGGCGUCAUCCAGAAAGAGGCAGAGUUCAAUUUUUCUAAUCACUUGA